UCACUUCUGUAUCGCUCGUUGUCCUCUCUCUCUCUCUCUCUCUCUCUGCAACAUUUAUUUACCUCCCCACUUCUAAUCUCUCUAUUCCCAUAAUUGUUGUCACUUUCUCUCUAGCCUUUUUAUCCCCCGCUCGUUUUCUCUCUCCUGCCAAAAUUGCCUUCUCUCUCUUGUGACGCCUAAAGUCAAAGAUGUUAGGUUUAAACCCUAAUUCCCGAUUCAACUGAUUCAGGUUCAACACUCAAAUAUCUUGAUGCUCUACUAGACCUAUUUUGUGACAUCAUGAUGAGGUUGAGCACAUACGCGGGCGCUAGUUUCGUUGGUGCAAUGGCCAUUAUUUACCAUGCCUUUAAUAGUAGAGGCCAGUUUUACCCAGCCAUGGUGUAUCUAUCGACCUCAAAGAUCAGUUUGGUGCUUCUUCUCAAUAUGGGUUUGGUUAUAAUGUGCAUUCUAUGGCAAUGUAUCAAGAGAUUGUUUCUUGGGUCCCUCAGAGAAGCUGAAGUGGAAAGGUUGAAUGAGCAGUCAUGGCGAGAAAUCAUGGAAAUCCUAUUUGCAAUAACCAUAUUCAGAGAAGAGUUUUCGGUUGCUUUUCUUUCAAUGGUCACUGCACUAUUGCUAAUCAAGGCAUUCCAUUGGUUGGCUCAAAAACGGGUUGAAUACAUUGAGACGACUCCAACGGUUACCGUGUUAUCUCAUAUUCGAAUUGUUUCAUUCCUUGGGUUUCUACUGCUAUUAGAUUGCAUAUUUUUGUACAGUUCAGUAUCAUAUUUAUUGAGGACCAGGCGGGCAUCAGUUGCACUCUUCUUUUCAUUUGAAUACAUGAUUCUGGCAACCACUACAGUGUCAACUUUUUUGAAGUAUGUUUUCUAUGUCAGUGAUAUGCUGAUGGAAGGGCAAUGGGAAAGAAAGGCUGUCUACACAUUUUACUUAGAACUUAUCCGCGACUUGCUUCACUUGUCCAUGUACCUCUUCUUCUUCCUAGCAAUUUUCAUAAACUAUGGCUUGCCACUGCAUUUGAUCCGGGAACUCUAUGAAACAUUUCGUAACUUCAAGGCACGUGUUGCUGAUUAUAUUCGCUAUCGCAAGAUCACAUCUAAUAUGAACGAUCGAUUCCCUGAUGCAACGCCUGAAGAACUUAAUGCAAGUGAUGCCACAUGCAUAAUUUGUCGUGAAGAGAUGGUCACUGCCAAGAAGUUGAUUUGUGGACAUCUUUUUCAUGUGCACUGUUUGAGAUCAUGGCUCGAAAGGCAGCAAACUUGCCCUACCUGUCGAUCAUAUGUUCUUCCUCCUGAGAAUGGAACAUCUUCAUCUGGAGGGCAUCAAGUUGCACAGCCUCAUCGACAUCAACAUGGUGGUGCAGGAGGGUCUGGUACAGCUGAAGCAUCUGCUCAGAACACUGGUGGUGGCGUCGCAGAGGAUAAUGUGAGCUUGCAUCAGGCUAGGCUCCGAGCCGCUGCUGCAGCUGCUAAUGUCUAUGGGGGAUCAUAUGUUUAUCCUUCAGCAAAUGCAUUUGUAUGGUCACCAGGUUAUGCUUUGGUACCAAAGGUGUUCUUGCAAGGAGCCAUGGGUAGAGAGUCAACCAGUGAAGAGGCCACGGAUUCCUCAGGAGAAAAUGCUCAAACCACUCCAUCAGCACACCUUAGUGGAAACUCAAACUUUACUUUCCCUCAAGGGCCACAAUAUACUUUUCUCCCACUUAAAAUGCCCCUUACCAAUGGUGCAAGUGAUGAAGGAUCCAGUAGAGAUCCAACCAUGCCAAGUUCUUCUUCAUGUUUGCUUGCUCAAUUUGAGGCCCAAGAGAAGUUUCUGAGAUAUAAUAUUGAGGUGUUACAAAAUCAGUUGAAGACUUUACAAAACCAGAAGCCCAUUGAUUCAAAGGCUGCAAAAGAAGAAGCAUCUUCUGGUGUAACAGAAAGCAAGGGUAAAGGCCCUGCCCAUUGUGCUUCUCCUCGGGCUUCCUCAUCAGAUUGCAGGCACCAUCCUGAGAUUCAAGAAGCUCAAACGGAUUGAGAUAUUAGAGAUCUGAGACUGAACUGCUAGAAAUGAGGCUUUGGAGCUGGUUCUUUCUUUGCCAAUCUUAGGCAGAGAGAAUAUUUUGGUCUACCCUCUAGAGAGUGAGCAGCUGAAGUAUAUUAAUCAGUCUUCUGCCUUUGUUUUAGUUGUGGAAUACUCUCUCUCUGUCUCUCUCUCUCUCUCUAUAACAGAAUGCAUCAAACUUCAACAGACAUUUGAAUUUGGGCAGUGCCCAAAUGUAAAAUAAACAUCUUUUGGGUGGUGGGGGUGAGGUUUAUUUUCUCUCUAACAAAGAAUUAAAUGGAAAUGUUAUCUGCUGUUAUGCUCAUAAUGUAAAAACUGAAUGGUUUGUUUUGCUUCUUUUUGUAGGAAAGUGAGCUCAUGAUUAUAUUUGUGAA